AUGGGAACUAAGAAGAAAAAGGCUCGCAAGUCGAGACCACCCGCCUCGAAUCCACCUGUAGAGCCCGAGGGUGGACUCACACAAGAGGAAUUUCUUGAGCGAAUUCGGCGAGCCCGAGCGAGAAAGGCAGGUGUCGAGUACCAACCUCUGCCUUCACGGCCAAGGAAGUCAACGGAUCGCAUCAAGCCAUCCAGUCCAGCUUUUGAUCCUUCCCUACCUCCGGCGGCUUUCCCCAGCACUUCUACCCUGAAUGAGCCUAUUCCUACCGGUACUAGAGAAGGCCACCUCCGUCGGGUCAAAGAGGAUUCGGAGAGGCGUCUCCAAGGUCUGCAGCCUCUUCCGAGAGAGUCAUACCACCCUGGACCAAUCUUGAGGAGACCGAGGCACGUCGAAGCUGCCCUCCUGGACGAACCAAUCAAGACUAGCUCUAUGGACAACAGUGCAUUUGAUGCUAGAAAUAGAGCAUCCCGAGACAUCAAUCCAGGUGUGGAAGCUGACCGUGCUAACGCGAGCCCAGCCCACAGUGGCAGUACGGGAUCUGGAGUUGCUGCGAGAUGUUCUGGCACAGUAGGCAUCGACGGCGGGUGGCAACCAAAUCCAAGUGUGGACGUCAACUCCGCAGAUAUGCGGCAUGGGGGUUUUACUGGGCGAAUGACUUCCAAUCCCAAAUGGGGAGACCUCCCACGAUCCCUCCGGGCAGAGAUCAUGGAUAAUAUCCUGGAAAGCGAGACCUGGGAAAGUGCCGUCAAAAAGAUAGGACUCGGUCGAAGGCAAGCGAAAAAGGCCAUUGAACACUUGCAUCUUUUGCAUGAUGUGAUGCACCGCGAGUCCGAGAAACUGGAGCAGGAGCUUGGAAGACAGCUCCAAGGCUUGCUGGACAACGAGCUUCACACUCGGGGCGAGGACUCCGUGCGAAGUAAAUCAAUUUUGGAAAAUCUUCCAGGUCCCCUGAACGCCUCGGAAAAGAGGAUCUUGGUAUGUACUAUGGGUGACUUGCGUACCGCCUGGCACUUCCUGGAUGAUAGAGGUCUUCCCCGCGACUUAGCAGGAGCCUGGACUGAUGGACAUCAAGUCAUUGACCCUCCUGAAGGUGAGCCGCGUCCGAAGAAGCGCGUAAGAUGGAAAUAUCCUCUUGUGGGCAAUGGAGGACCGAAUGCUGAGACAGGUUCAUCGCCAACGUCAGAGUCCUCACCCUCAUCGCAGUCAUCCAUAUUUGAAAAUCUGGAGCCUUUUCUCAAUCUUCGUGCGCCGAGUCGAACAUUUUCCCACACACAGUAUGCCAAACGCAUGUCGGCUCGUUGGUGGGCGAUAUUCUCUGAGACAAAUGAAAGCCAUGACCUGAUCAGUCGCGACAGGAGGUUGAAAUUAGCCUCCGCUGUAAUGAGUGUGCCCAGGACCUACCCUACGCAAGAUGGACCGGAGCAUAGGACCUCCACGGGUGGCCCUUCCCAACUUGAAGACCAGUAUCGGCAGACCAGUACCGAGACUGUGGUCAGGGUAGAACCUCCAGUAGCCGCUUCUUUCACAGCCCGCGAUAUCUCAGAGGGGAUUUGGUUGCCCCAGCUGGAGGAACGUUACCAACAGCUGGCUGAUGCUUGUGCGAGGGUUUGUGGUGAAUCUUUGGCCGAAUCCAGCCAGGACUCUCCAUGUUUGAACGAGUGCGAGAAUGAAGAUGGGCUGCUGACCGAGAUCUGCCAAUUCGACGAGCAACUUCAGGCUAUUCUGGAUGCUGAGGCCAUUGACGAGACUUGGAGCCCUGAUGUUUGGUUAAAAUUAACACCUGACCCGUCAUUUCGCUCUGGACAGGCACAAAAAGAAAUUUAA